AUGCGAGACUUCCAGUGUCGAACAAUUUUGUGCAAAACCAAAAAAAUUCUUCGACGGGGAGGUAGUAGCAUUCGCGCCGAUGAUAAGAAGAAGCUAGAGUGGAUAGUAUCGCACGUCGCGCGGGUUGCGGCUCGAGUCAACACAGCACUGCAUCGCAUCACAAAUGGCAAGACUCAUGACAGUCGAGAGGACAGAAGCGCAGCUACCUCUGCCAAUCGCCGUCAUUCCUGAACAUGAGGCUCAAGCGUCACACUUAGUUAGAUGACAUAUGCGAUCAGGCAGUUGGAAUCGUGUGG